CUUGCGCCAUGGUGUUUGAAACGUGAUUUCUCUAAGACCUCGGUCGCUGCAGUCGUGUGAAAAGGUGCACCAGUGAACCGAGCCCAGCUGGACCGGAAUCGAGCAGGACUCUUUUCUUUUUGACAUAUCUCACAAACUACUGUUUUAUCUUAGUUUAGUUCCCUCGUUUUUACCCAUUUUCCACGGUCUCCCCAUUAAUUAAUUCUGAGUCACAAUCAUGUCGACCAAGGAAGACAAGCCUGCAGAAAUCAAGUCCAGUUGGAAAGACUCUAUCUACAAUCCACGCACAGGAGAGUUCAUUGGACGAACCGCCAGCAGUUGGGCUCUCAUCUUUGUGUUCUACCUGGUAUUCUAUGGCUUCCUGGCUGGCUUCUUCACUCUCACCAUGUGGGUGAUGCUACAGACUCUGAGUGACGAUGUACCCAAAUACCGCGACAGAGUUCCCAGUCCAGGUGUGGUGAUCCGGCCCAGGAAUCUGGACAUCUCGUUCAACCGCACCAAUCCCCUCGAGUACGCCGGCUACGUCAAGCACCUGGAGACCUUACUGCAGCAGUACAACGACACGAUUCAGGAGAAGAACGAGCUGUGCAUGGUGAACGAGUACACUGACCAGGACGAGGUGAAGGAGAAGAAGGUGUGCCAGUUCAAGCGUAGCCUGCUGCGGCAGUGCUCCGGCCUGGCUGACACCACCUUCGGCUACGCUGAGGGCAAGCCCUGCAUCCUGGUCAAGAUGAACAGGAUUAUUGGGCUGAAACCGCGAGGAGAGCCCUAUGUCAACUGCACAGCAAAGAGAGACACCCCUCUACAGGUGUCUUAUUACCCCCCUGAGGGAAAGAUUGACAAGAUGUACUUCCCGUAUUAUGGCAAACAAUUACAUCCCAACUACGUGCAGCCCCUGGUAGGCGUGAAGCUGCACCUGGCCAAGGAGGACUACAACACGGAGAUCACGGUGGAGUGCAAGGUGGAGGGCUCCAACCUGAGAAGCAGCGGCGGCAGCGACAAGUUCCUGGGCGGCGGCCACGUUCGGAUCAAGGUGUCAAUGCCUUAA